AUGGAAAUGAUUACCCAAUGUCUUAUUAUUGAUAAGAUUUCAAUGCUUUCUAGGAAGUUGUUUGAACAGUUAGAGUUUGUAUGUCGGAAUAUACCGAAUAGUUCUUUGAUUUUUGGUGGAAAGCAAGUAAUAGUGGUUGUGGAUUUCUUCCAGUUGCCACCUGUUCCAGAUUAUUUGAAAAUGGACUCUGGAGAAUACUACAUGAAUUCAAAAAUUUCACAAAUACAAAUAAAGCAGGAAACAUUCACUGUUUUCAGUUACAUUGACAGUAAAGUAAUAGCUUCUAGAAGACAGUUUCAUUCAUACCUUGCGUUUACCAUUACUAUACACAAAGCACAAGGACUUACUUUAGACAGAGUUGAGUGUAGCUAUUAG